AUGCCCGAUUCGAUGUCGGCAGCUAAUAACGCCCAUACGCUUGGCCAAGUUCACCAUGGCCCCAAACCUAGCAACGAGCCCGCCGCCAAUCGUCCCAGUUGGGGCGCUGAGGAGCCCGUCCCGGUUCUGAUUGCUUCGGAAACCUUGACAUCGGCUAGGCUCGACGACGUGGACAAGGAGGUGACUUCGCGCUACGCCAGACGCAACAGGAAGAGAGUGAAGAGCUUUUAUGCCAGUCAAAAUGAACUGAUAGACCAGUACCUCGGGGUUGGGGAUGAAGAACAACUCGCUGCCGAGGAGGAAGCCCGCGUCAGGCCCAAGAUCAAGUUUGCCGUCUACGCCUCGUUUACCGUUAAUCUUUGUCUCUUCAUCAUCCAAAUGUACGCGGCCACAUCGACGGGCUCGCUUUCUCUCUUUGCCACGGCGGCGGAUGCCUUCAUGGACCUCGUAUCGUCCUGCGUGAUGCUCGUCACGUCAAAGCUUGCGAGACGGCCGAGCAUUUACAAGUAUCCUGUUGGCCGAACCAGAAUCGAGCCAAUUGGCAUCAUUGUCUUCUGCGCUCUCAUGGCCACCGUCGCCAUUCAACUACUGAUUGAAUCAGCUAGAAGCCUCGCCGCCGGCCACCGCGACGCCCACCCUUUACAGGUUGUGCCGCUGUCUCUUGUCGGCGUUGCAAUCUUUAUGAAGAGUUCCAUGAUGGUGUACUGUUUCUUCUACAGGCGUUUCCCAUCCGUCCAUGUCUUCUUCGUCGACCACCGCAACGAUAUUGUCGUCAACGUCUUUGGCCUCGUCAUGUCCAUCGUCGGCGACAAGUUCGUGUGGUACCUCGACCCGAUAGGUGCCAUCUGCAUAGCCAUCUUGAUCCUGUUCUCGUGGGCAGCCAACGCCUUUGAGCAAGUCUGGCUCCUCGCCGGCAAGAGCGCACCCAAGGCAUACGUGUCAAAGCUGAUAUACGUGACGCUGACGCACAGCGCUCACAUUCUCAAAGUCGACACGUGCCGAGCCUAUCAUUCGGGCCACAAAUACUACGUCGAAGUUGACAUCAUCAUGGGCGCCGACGUGCCGCUCCGGCUAUCCCACGAUGUUAGCCAGUCCCUGCAGCGGAAGCUCGAGGGGCUGGCUGAUGUCGAAAGAGCCUUUGUCCACGUCGACUAUGAGCAUGACCACAGCGUCCACGAGGAACACAAGCCUCUGUAUGAAGAGGCGCAGUUGAAGACCCUGAGGGACUACUUUGGCUCGUUUGUACGGAAGAUGAAGGGAUAA